AUGCAUGGAAAAAUUGAUCUGGAGCAGAAAUGGAGUGAGUCAAAGGUUUAAAUCCUCUUUCCCCCUGCCCUGCUGCCAAAUCCGAUGUGCAGUUGCUCAUGAGUGAUAGAUUCCCACACAUAAUCUUUGAGUUUUUAUUUCAGCCCCCCCUUCUGUACCUCCUCUGAGAACACUGCAAUUCAUUCAGUUUGAUAAUUUACUUGAGGCUUUCCAUGCCACACAUUGAAGUACGUAGCUAGUAGAGCAACUCCCCUCCAGAGUGCCACUGUUGAAAGAUACUCUCAAAAAGAGCACAGGUGUAUGUAAAUCCAGCACUUAUGUGCCAAGGUUUGUCUUACAACAAGUAUGAUAAAUUAUAGCAAGUGUAAUUAGUAUCCAGUUUUACAUCUGGGCAUAGGUACUCCCAUGGGACACUCUAAUAUUCACUGCUUUGCAGCCUGCACCUAUGUAAUAUUUAGUUAGAAGUAAAUUUCACUGAGUUCAGUACAACUUACUCCCAAAUGAGCAUGUAUAAAAUUGCAGUUCUCAGAUGGCUUUUUCAUAGCAGAAGACAAUAAUUUUACCAUUUUAACCCAUGAACAUCUUUUAGGUCACUCUUUGCUCGCUCUGAUCAAGUCCAUUACUUCCCUUCUGCAAAAUUAACAUGAAAUAUGUAGUCACAUUGCGAUCAAGGACCCCAGAAGGAGGCGUUUUCCUUCAAUCAGUGUGCAAAAUUCUUCUCAGAAUACUUCUGCGUAGCUUAGCAACCGGUAGAGACAUUCAUUCCCAAACUAAUAUUUCAGGCCAAGAUAAUGACUGGCAAACAACCAAACUCAACUGGUAUUGUUGCCAUGCCUUUCACAUUAACAAAGGGAAGCAAUGCAAAUUUACUUCUGGUAGUUUCUGACUUUUCUGACCAACUGAAUUUGAGAAGAGAAUAUACAUUGUUUGAACAGGAGUAAGUUUUGCUCUUAAUAUUCAGCUUCAGUGAAUUAACUUGCAGUGACUGACCUUGUUAUUACUCUGGUAAUAAAGAGCACUACAAAGAUAGGGUAAGAACUGCAGUACCAGCUGCAAGGUAGAAAAUGUAUUAGUUUAAUGCAUUUAUUAAUAUUUGCAUAUUCCUAACUACCUGCGCAUAGUUGAGGAUAUGUGCACAUGCUCAUAUGCAUGUCCCGCAUACAAAUAUACUUUACUGUAAUGGCCCCCUGCCCCUGAUCUGAAUAUAUUCAUUCUUCCCCACACCUCACUUAUUCCUGCACUAUUAAGCCUCUUUCCCCAUCCCCUGCUGCUGCUUUAGACCAUUGUAGCCUGUUUUAGACCAAUGGUGGCUUUAGUGAGGCUGUCCUUUAUUAUGAUCCUACACAUUGUGCUAACACGUAUUGGGUGGUACAACAUUUGACAGCUCUUGUAUAUCAUCAUCAUCAUCAUCCUAUUUCUUGGACUUAGUCGCUUUGAGUUCUUGUUUUUUUUUUAAAAAGUGACUAUGUAUACAUCUACAGUAUAUCAAUCCACACACAAUACAAUACAAUACAAUACAGUACAAUGCAAUACAAUGCAAUACAAUACAAUACAAUACAAUACAAUACAAUACAAUACAAUACAUAUAUCGCUUAUGAAUCAUUGAUAUCAAGUGGACCUAAAGAGUUCCCUUGAAGUGAUGUUGAAAAUGAAAAUGAGGUAUCCUUGUGAGCAAUAUGUGCUUUGGUUUAAAUGCCUUUGUUAGGUUUAAUUCACAUGUAAUUUAGUUUUGUUUGGAAGGAGUUUGAUGUUGCCAUAUGAGGAUAAAAACCAGCCCUUACGUUAUGCUUGUUGGCAUUGUAAAGAUUAACCUAUUUUAUUUUAAAAUCAUGAGCUUUAAUAGAGUCCAUUUAAUCAGAUGCUAACAUAGAUCAAACAACAGCAAGUAUACAGUAUAAGGGCAGCUGGUUGGGGGGGGGAAUGGGGACUGCUCAGCAACUGCUCUUACAUGCUUGCUAUCAUUCAGCCAAUGUCAGCAUCUGACAAAGUGAACUGUAGUCUAUAAAAACUCACAUUCAUAAAUGGCACACUAAUUGUAAAGAUGCUAGGAAGAUCAAGUUUUCCUCCUUUAAAACAGAAUAAAAUAAAUAGUUGUGGUUUAUUAUUGUGCUUAUCACAUGACUCAGAAUUUGAAUUUUGCUUUAUGUGUAAUGUAGGAACAAAGCAACCCAAACCCUGGCAGGCAACAGCAGGACUUAACUGAGAGGUGGAGCCAGCACCAUCACUACAGCUGAAGCCCCCUCAUUCCCAACCCCACUUGUGCUGGACAAGGCAGAAGGGAGGAGAGGGGCAGGAGGGGGGGGGAAAUUCAUUAUUAUUAAUUUUUUGCUGUGCCAGCUCCAGGCAGGCACAGCAGAAAAAAUCAGAUCAGGCCUGAUGCAGUAUGUAGCUGGACUGGCUUAGCUGGAUCCUUGGCUAGUAAAAGUUUACCCACCCCCCUUGCCACUCUCCAAAUGCCCAGUCUUGGGGCAUACACCAGUCACUGCUCAUCCCACCCCCCUCCAACAGUACAGACUGGGUUCUUGCGGUGGUGGAUUUCUCUGUCAACAUGCCCUUCCCCUCCCCGCUGAGUUCCAUAAGGGCAACACUGAGACUAAGGAGAAAGAGUCUUGCAGGCAGUGCCACUCUCUGGACUGGUUGUAAGAAGGCAGGUUGAGGGCUGAGGUCAGACCAAGGUUGGUGGAUCAGUCUUUACUGCUUUCAUGAUAUAUUUAUCAAAAUGUCUGUAAGACAUCACACAUAGCUUAGUUGGUUAGAUUGUGGUGCUGAUGUUGCCAAGAUUGCAGGUUCGAUCCACGUUUAGGGCCGCUACAUAUUCCUGGGUUGCAGGGUGUUGGACUAGACAAUCCUCAAAGUCCCUUCCAAUUCUACAAUUCUGUGCUGGGAAAUCCUUUGCUCCCCAAAUAGAGGGGUGCCUUUUUAAAACAACAACAACAACGGAGCUGAUCUGCAUGGCAUUCAUCCGCAACAUUCUCAACCCAGCCCUUUUCCCUUUGCAGUUAUUAAUACUGUUUGUGUUGUUUGCCUGCGCAAACCAAAAGCAAUUAUUUCUUUAAAACGUUGCUGCCUUCAAACGAAGGAAGCUGACUGUCCUGAGAUUUUAAGUGGUGUCACUCUGUUGACCUUGGGCAGCUGAUGCCUAGCAGGUAGUUGACGAAUAUGUGGACCAUGUCUAAAUCAAGAAGCAGUUAAGGACAAAGCUCAGUCAAAAACAUCACCCGUCUAAUGAGAGAGUAGGCAUGCACUGCGGUCAGCAAGUGGAAACUCUCAGCUUCCACUUCAUUGGGCCUUCUUUUUGCCCACAUAUGCAGCCCUAUAAUUUCUUCAUGAGUCAGUGAGAGUUGUGUGGUUACUGCUGAAAGCAAACAAAAAAUGUGCCCAAAUAAUGCAUUUUAUGUGGCAAUUGGCAUCUCUGGAUAUCAUAUGCUGAGCACAUGCCCACUUUCCUCUGAAGCAGAAUGCGUGCCCAGCAGUGCAGUGGGUGGGUGGGUGAAAUGAAAUGGUGUUUGCAUACACUGGGGGAUAUCUUGCAACCCAUUUAUGGCAACUGAUCAUGUAAACUUAAAAGCACAAGAAGAGCCCUGAUGCAUCAGACAAAAGGCCUUUCUGGCUCAGCAUUCUCUUUUUCCAGUGGCCAAAUAGAUGUCCAUGGGAAGCCCACAAGGAGGACAUGGGCACAAUAGCACCCUACUGGUCAUGACCCCCAACAACUAGUAAUCCCUGAUAGUACUAGAGGCUGGCAGCCAAAGAUUUCAGAUGAGUAUGUGAAACUGAGGAGCUUAAGUUGCAUGCUCAUGUUAUGGGCAGGGGCUCUUAUACCAAGGAAAAAUGCAAAGGAAGAAUUCAGUGUAUGCCUUCUUCUGUGUGACGGUCAUGACUUUUCUUUCGCUCAUGGGUACAGAGAUUACCUAGGGGCUGGCAAAACCAACUCCUGCCAGGGGAUGCAGACCUAGUGAGGGGCACAAAUUACCCAUUAGACUAUGGAGUGCAUGAUGUAUAUGCGUGUGGCAACAUGAUGCAGCUGUUGUGGCAAUAUCAAAUGCAGAAGAAACUUCCUGUCCUUCUUGCACCAUGGCACAAAGGGAUGCAGUAAAGUGAUCCCCCCCAGGGAGGAGCGCUGAUACAGCUCCUUGCCAACAAUGCAAGACACCCCAUGUACACCUGAUUUUCAGGAGGAUCAUUUGCUUUCCAGUAAUAAUGAGCUGACACCCAUACAACAAAAGCCAGGAGUCCUGAUGAGAGAAUCACCUGAAAGCAAAUGCUGACUGCACCAGCUGGAAAGUUAGGGAAUAUUGUUACCAUCACUCCACUUUUCUAAGCAACGAGAAUUUCUAGGAGCACAGUGCUUACCUGGGGCUUAGUUGCCAUUGAAAGAAAGUCACUAGAGGCUUAUGGUAUUUUUUAAAAAUAAGUGAGGUGUGUGUGUGUGUUCUCCUAUAUAAAUAAAAAGGUAAGGUGUCAUCAUGCUCUACAGCCAAUAGGCUGCCCUGCCAACUGCAGCAUGAGGAACCGCAACAGGACCAGGUAAGUUGUUUAACAGAGGGCAGGAAGCACCAUGAAUCACCUCUACCCUCCAUUAAUUGCACACCUACUGUGAGGUUUCACAGAGGGUGGAGGCCCUUCGCACAGAGGAGUGGUGGAGACCUCCACCUCAAGAUGUGUCUGGGCAGGAGGAAGUUGAUGAUCUGAUGGACCUGGAUUCAAUGGACCCAGAUUUGUGGUGGUGGAGAACAGUACACAUCCCAGAAGAGGAAGCCAAGAACUGGGAAGCAAUGGAAGAUGCGGAACAUGAGCAUGCAAGCAGAUUCUCUAGUCCUGAACAGAGACAGCAUUCAGAAAUGGGAUAAAUAGUACAGCAUACAGUGGACACUACAUCACUUGUGAAAGCCUGAUGGAACCUCCUUCUUCUCCAUGGACCAAGCAAUCUCUUCGUAUCUUAGAGCAGAAGGCAAAACAGAGACAGAAAGAUUCCAUUGCUGGCCACCAUAGGCAGUAAGGAGGGGUUUGGAAGCUAGGAAUUGCUGCAAAGGGGAUGGCGCAGACACUUUGAGCAACAUACCAAGACUGAAGGGAGCAUUAUCAAUGAUCUCUCUGUGUAUUCUGUUGAUUUAAAAUAAAAGAACUAAUAGAAACUCUCUGCAUCUCUAAUUUCACUAGGCAGCUAGCCUGGAAGUCAUGACAGGUAAGGUAUAAAGGGAGGUGGAUUUGGUCAGGUGUCAUGGAAGGGCAAAGGAGUAGACAACCCCUGAUAUCUAUCCGUCAUCUAUCUAUCUGUCAUCUUUCAUCGAUCAUCUAUUUGUCUUUCUUUAUAUGCAGGUUGAACAUAGCUGAAGGCUUCAACUUCCAGCCAGCUAUACUAUCCAAAAUGAGAUCUCUGUUGGCAAACAAGUUAACUAUAUUUCAAGUUAUGUUUCUCUGAACAGUAAGGCCUUGACACAGUUUUGUAAGAUUUGCAAGGACACCCUUUUUGGUGCUUUGAAAAUGUUAUAUAAUUGCUGUGGGAAACAAUGUGGCAAAAUCAAUGCAGAGUCCCUUUGCAUGUUGAAAAGAAGUACAUGAGUGAGUCAUUCACUUCCGCUUUCCUUGCUUUGGCUGCGACAAUGGGAAAUGUGACUUAUUUAAGGAGUCCCCCCUCCCCUCCAUUGCAAAUCCAUGAGCUUCAAAUAACUUCUGGAGCUUGUCAGUACACCUUGGUAAAAUGAUGAUCUGAGAAUCCUACAUUCAGGGUUACAUUAGAAAGGCAGUGAGGAGGAUGUGCAAAGGACUUGGGAUAUUUCUGGAUUGUCACAUGAAUAAAGUGGAGAGGGAAGUUGUCCUUCCUUUCUCAUAGCACUAGAAUGCAGGGAAAUCCAAUGAAGCUGAAUGUUGGAAGCUUAAGGAGAGAUAAAAGGAAGUACAGUGGUACCUCGGGUUAAGUACUUAAUUCGUUCUGGAGGUCCGUUCUUAACCUGAAACUGUUCUUAAUCUGAGGUACCACUUUAGCUAAUGGGGCCUCCUGCUGCUGCCGCACUGCCAGAGCACAAUUUCUCUUCUCAUCCUGAAGCAAAGUUCUUAACCCGAGGUACUAUUUCUGGGUUAGCAGAGUUUGUAACCUGAAGUGUAUGUAACCUGAAGUGUAUGUAACCUGAGGUACCACUGUACUUUUUCACAGAGCACAUAAUUAUACAGAGGAGGAAGUGAUGGCCAUAGUCUUGAAUUAGCCAAAUUCAUGGAUGAUAAAGCUAUCAACAGAUAUUAACUGUGAUGACUAUGCUCUGCCUCCAUGGAUAGAGACUGCAAUGCUUCUGAAAACAUGUUCCUGGAACUCACAAGUGGGGAGAAUGCUCUUCUGCUCAGGUCUUGCUUGAGGCAUCUGGCUGGUUGCUGUGAGAACAGGAUGCUGGACUAGAUGGGCAAUUGGCCUGAUUCAACAGGCUCCUAUUAUUUCUUAUGCCAUUUUUAGGUGGGAUUCAAAUAGACACCAGCAAAUUCUGGUUGCACAGUUAAAGCUGCUUUGGAGCUCUGGCAUAACAAACCCAGUUCUCAAGAAGAAAACGGAAAAAAGGUUACUUUUUCAAUACGAAAAAUGCAUUGUAAAGUGUGGAAUCACAUUUACUUGAUGUAACAUUGUUGAAUUUUUCUGCAAAUGAAUAUAACGAAUGCUCAAUAAAUAGCCAAUGCCAUCUAAUCACAAAUAAAUCACAAACAAAUCAGAACACAUCCUCAAUAAACAAGUUAUCUGGAAGCAACAUCACUCAUCCUAUUUUGUUACUUCUUUCUAAUUUCGAACCUCUCCUAAAAUAUCAUGUUCAUUGGCUCUUCUUUUUUAAAGUCUUGACUGGCAAGCGUGGUGAGAUUCAGUUCAUUCUUUCCAAGUUCUCCAUGCAUUGGAAAGCUGAGUCUGGCCUGAAACAUUUUAUUAUGAUUUCCCACAGAAUCAUAGGGUUGGGAAGGAUCAUAUGGCCAUUUUAUUUAAUCUUCUGCUGCACACCAGUAAAGCUACCUGCUUGGCAUUGCUUGUUUGGAUGGGGGAACGCCACCAUACUGCAGGAUCAUAUUUUGUCCCCACGUGUUGCUACAGUAAAAAACAAACAAAAAAGCAGCCUUGUCAAUUAAAAGAAGAGCGCCAUUCCAAGGGACAGGCAGGUCGGGCUCUGCUUGCUUUUGGAACAUGCCCUCUGCCAGGCUGCCACCUUCGUGUAGGUCAGCAAAGGGUGCCUGUGUUCCAACGCGAGAUGACUACGAUUAGAUUGAGAUUAAAUUCUCCCUGUCGAACCCUUCUGUUAUCAUUAUUCCUACACCGCAGCCCCGAUGCUCCAGGAGAAAGGGGACGAGAAGGCUGGGCGAACGGGCGCUUGCAGAGCCCUUUCCCGUUGCCACAGCCCUCGCAUUCCCGCGCACUGCAAGCCGACGAGGCGGUGACUGAGAGUGAGGGCAGAGCCGAGCAAGGGCAGCAGCUUCUCCGAGGCUUCACGUCCCCACUGCCCAUGUGCAAAGGGGCCGCACAUGCUCCCUGGCCGCCUCUCCUCGGGCAGUGUGCACAUGCUCAGUAGCAAGAUGGACGCUUUUCUGAUGCAGGGUUCAUUUUGGUAGCGCCGCGGCGGCCGCCGAGCGAUCGCUUCCCCCUCGAGCCGGCUGCAGGACCUCGGCUGGGCGAUGGCGCGCUGCAGGCUGCUCAGCCAUCUCCGGCUGUAAUCCAGCGGGUGGACGGGGGCGCCGGUGGCAUCCCGGCCGUCUCUCUCUUUCUCUCUUUCUCUCUCUCUUCCCUGGCUUGUGGUAAGUCCUGGACGUUGGCGGAAAGGGCCGCGUCGCUGGGCUCCGGAGGGGUUUCUCCAUCCGCGCCCGCUUGGAGGAAUGGCAAGGCUUCGGGUGGCCGCGGGGAGAGGCCGGGCGAUUGGCCGUGCCAAGGCAACGGGCGCUCUGUGCGCUCCGUGCGCGCCCAGUCCUGCCUGGCUGCGUCCCCCUGCAGAGGUGGCCAUCUCCAAGCCGCCCUCUCCCUCUGCAGCAGCUCCUGUCUUGCUUCCUUCUUUCAGUACCUCGGCCAGCACCUUUGCAGCUCCUGGCGGGGUGUUGCUGUUGCGCUUAGUGGCUCAUUCUUCAUGGCCGGCCCUUCCCGAGGUUGGGGAGGUAUCUGGGGGCCUCCUUGGCGCUGUGCUGGUUGAGGAAGGAGCCAGCCAGGGAGCCUGCCCUCGACUGUAGAGGCGGGAAACUACAGUUGGUCCAAGAGGGAAUAUUUUGCUUUUGUCUGGAAAUUGGAGGCGGUGGAAGUGGGUAAAAUCUAGGGAGGUCUCUAGUCACCGCUAUCUUGAUUUGUGUGUGAAGCAGGCAAGAAAGUGGCUUUGGCCAGAGAUCCAUGGUGCACAGAGGCCUUGUUGUUCAAAGGUGGGAGUGGGGAGGGCAAGCAAGGUCCUGCAAGGCUGGAGGUCUGUGUGAACACCUGUUGCCAAGGUUGCAUAGGCAACUGUUAGAAGACGACAAAGAAAAACACCGAAUGGCUUCAAAUUGGCUUUCAAGACUCAUCUUCUGGUGAAAAAUGUGCUGUAUGCCUUUUCCCUCUUCAUUGGACUUUUGCCGCUUGCAAUUCUUAGUGCUCCAGUGCUUUCUGCUGACCUUUAGAAUACUGUAGGGGAAGAGGUCACAAAAGUCCCCUGGUAGGGAGGGUGGGGAAGGGUUGCUGGGAGACCUGGUACUGUGGUACUGGAGGGAUAGGGAAAGCACCACCACCACCACCGCUUCCCCCAGUGCUGCGGCAGGGAAGAACCGCCAUUGUGAUCAUAGCUUGGCUGUGGGAAUGGAAAGUCCCAUGUCUUGCAAUUUGGCUGGGAGCCCCGGCUGCUGUUGCUCUGGGCAUAAGGAGAUGCUUCUUCUGUUGCUCUUGGAAGGAAGACAAGAAUGUCUUCUGUUGCUGUGACUGAAGGGAUAUAAAUAUCUUUCUGCUUUUAAGAAAAAAAAAUGUGGCUGCAUCUAGAAAAAGAUGAAUGGAGAUGUAGAAAAAUGCAGCCACCGUUAUAAGAUUCAGGCACUUGCUCUAGAGAGUGAAGCCCGGACAAUUCCCUCCACCCCCCACCCCCGCCGCCAUAUAGUGCGGAGAUCAUAAAAUGCAGAGGAUUUUUUCCCUCCUUCAGUCAGUGCAGCUAGGAGCAGGCAAGCAGUAUUUGGUACUGAACAUGAACACUUAGCUCUGCUGGAAAUGUGUUUGUUAUUCUUUAUGCCGAUAAGAAAUAUUCAAUAAGAAAGAUGCUGUGCAAAUAUAGUGUGAUAGUAAAUGUUCUCAGUGAUGCAAGCAACACAUGCAAUUUGUUUCACUUUGUGAAUGGGGCAGUAAAUGCAACACUAAUGAUAAGAGAGGUGAUUCAUUGUUAGCAAAGACACAUGGUUCAGUGGGAUGUCUUAAUUAGCACUCAUUACUAAAACUUCCCACUGAUAUUAAUGGAACUAGUAGUGAAAAUAAGGGUUGGAUGGACAAGGCCUGGAUCUGUAUGUCUUGUAUUUGCUCAAUAAUUGCAAGUAUUUUUUUGUUGAAAUGUUAUAAAUAUGUGUAUGCCAGCAUACAUAUUGUAAGUUUUAGUUCUUGGGAAGCUCAUCUAGGUGGAUUUCCAUUUAGGUAGCUUCCUCUGGAAGAUGUAAAUUUGUUCUGCAAACAUAUCAACACCAGGUCUGUAGGUAUAAAUUACCAACUAUUAGGCAGCUGCUCAUUUAGGAACCUAAGAAUAAUCCUGCUCAGUCAGGCCAAAGGCCUAUCUAGUUCAGCAUUUUGUUCACUUAGAGGCCAACGAUAUCUCUAUGGACCCCCAGAAGUAGGACAUGAGUGAAACAGCACUCUGCCCAUCAAGAUCCCCAGCUACUUCCUGUGAUGCUGGAGGUAGUAGCCAUCAUUUGUAGCCUUAUUGACAUUGACAGCUUUAUCCUCCAUGAAUUUGUCUGCAUCCAAGUUGACUGUCAUCACUACAUGUUACGGCAACAAAUUCCACAGUUUAAAUAGGCAUGCUGUGAAGAAGUACAUCCUUUUGUCUGUCCCAGAUCUUUCAACAUUCAGCUUCAUUGGAUGACUUCUGGUUCUAGUAAUAUACAAGAGGGAGAAAAAGAUAUCCCUACCUAUUUUCUCCACACUAUGCAAAAUUCACAUAGCUUUGUCAUUUCUCCCUACUCUUACUUGCCUUUCCCCCUCAAAUAAUUUUCAUAAUGAAUGCAUGUUCUAUUAGAACACAAUGGUCAUGAUCCAAGACAGAGUGAGUUUACUGGGUUUAAGCAUGCCCAACGCUAUUCUAGAUUGUAGCCAAUAAAUCUAUCUAAAUUAUUCAUACAAGCAUUUCUAAUUAAUGAGAAAUCCACAUAAAUUAUCAGGGCAAUCCUAUACUUAGGUAUUCGGAAAUAAAAGCCCUGAGUUCAAUGGGAUUUACUCCAAAGUAAGCAGUAAUAGCAUUGCAGCCUUUGUCCAGUAGCUUGUCAUUGGAAUGAUUUAGUGUUUACAAUGAUUUACUUCCUUGGUAGGAAGUUUUCCUAUUUUUCACAUUCAACUUCAUUAAUAUAUGACUUUUUUUCCUCUUGCUUAUCACAGGUCAACUUUUGUUCUGGACUUAAAAGUCCCCACAAUGAAGUUUUCCCUGGCGAUUCUUGGGUUUGUUUUCUUCUUCUUAUGCAUUGAAGAAGUCUACUCCAAAGAGAAAUCUUCAAAGAAAGGAAAAGGGAAAAAGAAGCAGUAUCUCUGCCCUUCGUAUGUCCCUUACAUAUAUAUUUUUAAUUGUGUAUAAUGACAGUGCGAUAAAGUGCACGUUUAUAGUUUUCUUAUGAAAUGAUAGAGUUCAAAUAAACAAUAUUAAUGCACUAAGGGUGACAUCCAGUGAUGUCCACCCACUUGUGCAAAGGAAAUCCACUUGUGCCACAGGACCUCUAGUUUUUCUCCUCCCCCCCCAAUCCAUCUCCCUGUGCACCCCCACAAUCUGUGAUCCCCUAAUCCUCCAUAGCAGCUUUCGGAAGUGUGUGUCGAAAGGGAUUGCAGGUGGAGGGCAGGAUGAAGAAGCCCUGUUGAGUGGAUGCCCACUCACACUAUAAUGCACAAUAAUGUAUUCAUUUUAUUUAUUUAUUAUCAGAUUAUUGGAAUUUUGGGAGCUAUGUUUAUUCAUGACCAAUAGUAGCCAGUCAGGUGUUUUGUUAGCUGAAACUGCCAUCAGCUUCUCAACAAGGUCUAACCAUCAAUCAUGUAUGUAUAUAGAUAUGUUACGUGCUCAAUGUAAAGGGAUGUCAGUAAUAGAAAACUGAUGGAUGGUUCAACAUUUUUGAGAGAAGCAAAGGGUCAGGUUGCAUGGAAGAAACUUCAGCACAUGACCUGUGGAUAAAGAAGCCAUAAAAAGUUGGCAAGAAGGAGUGACAAGGAAGGGGGGGCUUGGAAAGUGGGAAAGGGGAAGGGGAUCGGUACAGCUGACGUUUACAGGGCCAGUGGCCGAAAGGAAAGAUUGUUGAAGGCAAUGGGCUGAGAGGCUGGGAUUUGAAUGCUUGAAGAUGGGACAAAUAGAAAAAUGUGGCAGAAAAGAAGGUUAAAGGAGUAAACAGAACCAGGAAAAACCUCAUGGAUAGGUAAAUGGGUUUUUGGAAACCAAGGAUGAUGUGAAAUCCAAAGAGGGGGUGGAAUAUCAGCAAUGCCCUUGUUGAUUUGAAUUGAUCAAUUAAAUCUUUGAUAAUGAGUGCCUGGUUUCCAGUUAAUUUACAUGCUGAAUAUUUUCACAGGCAAUUCUAAACCAAAAACCCAUGAUAUUCCCAGACCUCCUUUUCAGAUGCUUUCCUCUGCUCAUUGUGUGAGCAGUUGAACAAGCUUGUCCCCAAACCUCAAAACUAUGGUUAGUGACUUCAAAGCAAGACAAUAUAUGGCUCAGUAUCCUGGGUAGUUUUGAAGCCAUUUAACUAUUGCUCCUGGGUUCACACAUAACAGGAAACAAUGGUUAGGUACUGAAUCUUGGCUUGUUCUGUUGUUAGCACGAAGGGAGGAGGCAACUGUUUAUUAAGUGGCUGUCUACUAUUGAGUCUAUAUAAUAACUUGGUAAGCCACUGAUAUGCAACAGAGAUGGGGAAGUGAGCCAGAACUUUAUCUGCCCCAUAGUUCAAAGAGCUUGUUAGCCCUGUGUGCUUCCCAAAUGCCUGACAACCAUCUGAUUAUCAGGCUUUGGGAAAGUGGUGUGCAAAGUGCUUAGCCCAAUGCCCACAAAACCCAUUUUUAUUUUAUUGACCACACCCUUACCUGGGCGGAUGGGUAUGGCUUGCCCAAAAUGACCUCCUGGGUCCAAUAGGAUGACCUGGUCCACAGCCUGCCAUUUCCUAACCCCUGAACUAUAAUGCAGAUUCUACAUGGUCUAACCAAGAAGUGAGAAGUAAUCAAAAUGUGAGGCGGCCGGACAGCAAUAAGAUUCUCCUCACUAUUUGAAUAUAGACAACUUGCUUAAGAAAUGCACACUUUGGUAAAUUAUCACUUGGUAAAUGCUUCUCUCUAUCAUCCAUGGCUUAAUAGAAAGUGCACUAAGUAUUAAUCUUUGCCUAUAUUUUGUCAUGAACACAUAGGCUUGAAGAAACAUUCUGCAUAACUUAUUUUUUUAAUGUUAUAUUUAUGUUCCACCUUUCUUUCAAGUAGCUUGAAAGUUUCCCCCACACUUAAAAUAGUAGCUUGUCUAAUAAAAAUAAAACAACACUCAAUUGCUCAGUGAUCUGAAGAUGAAUUAUAAGGAGGAUGUUGGUGUUUUCUAUUUCUGGAAAGUACUGUGCAGAGAACAUUUUCAUGACACAAACAUUUUAUAGGUAGCUACAAUAAUUUAGCUAGUGUACUGCAAGAGAUUUAUGUACAGUCCAGGUUUAUAAUGUGUCUGCUUAAGGACAGAGUGUUACAGUGGGCAAUUUGGCAAUGCAAUACAUCUCUGGGCAAGUGCUUAUAAUUAAGUGUUCUUGGGCUGGUAGGGUUCUGGGUGCUGUGUAGGUAAAAGUCAGUAUUUUACAAAAUGUAUCAAUGCUGUUCCCUCAGGGCAGGCUGUUAGCCAGGUGCCAUAUUCUAGUGUUAAGUUGGCUAGUAGCAAUAUGAAGUCAACAGAUGGGACUGCGGGGAUGAGAAUCUGCAUGGGAAAAGAAGUUAAUUAUUAUAUUGCAGGCAAAUAUUUACUAGAAAUGCUCUUCCAUUUUCCAAAUAGGAGAAUUCUUGCCAUGAUUACUCAUGCUUCUGUUUAGCUCUAGUUAUGUAAUUAUUGACUGGUUUGAGAGGCUUUUCUUCUGUCUGUUUAGAUCUCAGCCAGCUUGUUUCAACAGUUGCACUUUAUAUAUCAUAACCAUAAAGGAGUCAUCAAAUUGAUAUUGUAUAGUUCAUCUUUUUGUGGGGUUCUGCCUUUUAAGGAAUGUCUUUCAUGUAUUAUCUGCUUAAGUAUAAGCUUGCUUAACCACUCCUUGUGUAAGAUAGGUUGAUGCAAAAUUCACUUUUGGUAUAUGUUGCUUUUGUGUAAUAGAAGGAUUGGAGUGGGUCCCAUUGACUUAGGUCGAACCACAAUGGAUGCAAAACUUUCAUCAGUGCUCUGUGCCUGCCAUUAUUUCUAUGUCCACUGCUGGAAGAAAAUUAUAACAUAGCGUUGGUUCAGUAAUUGGGGGACCCCAUUGUAAGUAUUUAUUUGCCAGCAUCACAACUCUUAGGAUACUGUUUACAUAAUGUAAGGCAAAGUUCUCAUGUACAAGGACUUAAGUGAAUACUAUGGUUCCUGUUGCUUAUUACAAGAAAGUGGAUGUAUAUUUCUGGUAUGUGCAGUUAAUACAAGUUUGGGGUGAAAUCUGGCAUGACAUGCUUCAGGUUAGGCCCAGUGUCUGAUAAUUUAAGAUAGGGAUGGGCAACCUCCUGCCCAUGAAGCAGAUUCACCCCAGAACUGUGUUUCAUUCUAGCCCUUUGAUACUCCACCUCACGUAUCAGCUGUUCAGUGGGCAGGGGCUAAGACUGAAAAGGACUUUGAUGUUGAUGAUGCAAGUGCAGCUACUUCUACAAGGAAGAUCUUUUGCAAGAAGAUCAAAGCAGAGGAGGAACUAUCCUAGCAAAUAGGUAGGCUCUUUGUAGUGCUGGGAUAGCUCAGUUGGUAGAGCUGAGGCUAUAAAUCUCCGGGUCAUAGGUUUGAGCCCCAUGUUGAGCAAAAGAUUCCUGCAUUGAUGAGGUUGGACUAGAUGAGUCUCGUGGUCCCUUCCAACUUUACAAUUCUAUUAUUCCUUUUCCUUGCAAACAUGCAGAGCAUCCCUGCAAUCUUCAGGAUGCUGUUUUGAAGUUUGUGAACUUGAAUAGCUGUAAGGCAGGUAUUGCAUUGUGAAUUGAUAUUAUUUCCAUUCUUAUGCUGGAAGUACUGAGUUCUUUUUGCCUUUUGAACAUUCAGGACAGAUAAAGGGUGUUGGGAAAAUGGAAGGUGACACUCGACUGGAGUUACUAAGAAUAAUAACUAUGACUCUGCUUCCAUGGGAAAUAGCUUUGUGUUUGUGCAUGCAGCUGUGUGCAUCUGUGCAAAUGUGUUAAGGUGAGCGAUUGUAUGUAUUGAUUUGCUCCCAUCCAUUUUGUUGUCUGGCCUUGCCCUGUACCCACUGAUGGGUUAAGAUUCAGUGCCUUAAGACUCAAUGUGUUGCCCAGAAUAGGAAGUGUGAAAGGCUGCAGUGUUUCAGUAAUGGAUGCAAGCAUUCUGUUUUAUGAUUUUCCUUGACUGUAGUUUAACCUUCAACACUGUGAAACAGGGUUACUUGGCAAGAGAGCUUCUGUAUGUUCCUAACAACCAUAGAAACAGGAAACACGAAUGGACCACAUUUCCUGUUUUCCUGUUUCUUCUGAUACAUUUGGAAAAAGAGGCUGGUGUAUCUAUUCUAUAGUAUGGAGAGAUGUUUGUCUUUUUGUUGUGGGAUGAACAAACCAGAAAUAUGUGCAUUACCAUGUAAUAUUCAACAGUCCAUAAAAGUAAGAUCCCAGUUUGUAACUGAUUUUGUGUUGUCAUAGUCCAACAUGUUAACCACUACAGCAAAAUACCUCUGUACACACUUGACUUACUGUAUGCAGAACAGCAAUUUGGGCUCAUGGCCUCAUGCAUUCAAAUCUAGACUGAGAGAGGAAAAGGGAAAACCUUUAUGUAUUGCAAAGGAAGUAGUAGUCAUUUUAAUAAUCUAUAGGAGUUUUUAAAAAUAAUGUAAAUAUUAAAGAGUCAUUUUAUUUUAAAUUCCAGGCUAUAUAGCCAAAGACAAAAUCUUCUUUACUGAACCUGAAGGUAUUACUGAAUUAAUCAGGAUGUUUAGUUGAUUAAUGGUUUGGUAACAGAUUAAAAGCAUGAGCUCAUUAAUCAGAAAUGCUGAUCCAGCGUCUUUCACUGCAGCGACUGGAACACAAACUUCUGCUGUCUGCUACUUGUAGGCUCUUUCAUGCCUUCCGUUAGAAUCUGGAAGUAUAGCCCAGCUGGGUUAGCGCUAAACAGAACAGAUAGAUAGGCCAGAAGAAGAACGAGAAAGAAGAGAACAAUUUUCCUCCCUUCCUGCAGGUGUUGUCCUGUGCUGUGUCUCUGACUAUCAGUGGAAUUUGAAUUGAAGUAGGGCAAAAUGUGUUAUCCUAGUGUAAAGCUUAAUCUUCCUUUGUUCGUGGUCUUUGUACAUGUGGGCUGGCAGGAAGCGGAGCUUAGCCUACCCUAAUAAAAUUUCACUUUUUGAACAGAAACAUGUGAUUCCAUUGGAUGUAGGCAGGGAUAUGCUAACACUGGGAGUAAGGGCUCUUAAUCUGCAGUAGCAGCUUGCCUAAUGGUAUGAGGAGUUUCCUGCACUGGAGAAGCAUAGGGGGAAAGAUCCCCAUGGUAGCAUAAGCCAUAGAAAGUACCACAGGGGUAAUAUUACAGAUCACAAACAAGGGAAUAUAUAUAUAUAUAUAUAUAUAUAUAUAUAUAUAUAUAUAUUUGUUUGAAUUCAUGUGGCAGCUAUUAGGCAGCACUGCAUCAAGGAGUGCUGUGAUCCUGCUUCUCAGGAGAAAAGUGAAAGGCAGAGAAGAUAUUUGUUGCUUUGUUUGCCUGUAUUCAGCAAUGACUUGCUGUCUAAUCACUGCCAGACAUUACCCUGUUCUGUGAAUAUGCUUGCUACCAUGUGAUUUCCUAUCUGCUAGCCUUGUGUCAUCGCUAGCUUCUUGCUUGAAUCUGCCUGAAUGAACGGGGAGGGAACAGAGUCACUGCCACAAGCAAUCCAUAGCAGUUCUUCUGCUGGUGAUGGACAAGCACCUUAUCUGUCAGUCAGGGCUUUGGACCUUAUGGGAACUACAACCUCUACAUGGAUGGCUACUAUGUGUCAUGCAUUUUUUCAAAUAGCUAUGCAAAGUUUCAUUUUUGUACUGGUUUUAAAACAAUGUACACCAAUCUGAAAAGGUGUUUUGCCAGAGGCCAUACAAGAUUAAAAUUCAAAGGGAGAGAAGACAACUCCCACCCCAUAACCAUCCACUCCUACCUGUCCCCAUUCCCACAGCCCCCUCCCCAUUCUCUUUCAGCACAACUUAGUUAUCCAGGGCAGCCUUUGUUAUUCUUAUACCAUGUGUGAAAUGCCAUUGCCUCCAAUAGGUAAUUUGUGCUGGAAGAGAAGGAAGAGGAUUCUAGGGGUCAGGGUGAAUGGGUUGCAUCUAGGGGAGUUGGGUGAGUGGAUGAGUAACUUACAAACCUUGGAUUAGGUGAGAAAGCGAACCAUUUUGGGGGAAAUCAUUAAUCGUAGCAAGUGGGAGCAAGCUUACCCAUCUCUAUUUUCUAAUGGCCUUGUGUCUUUAGACUUUAUUAUCAUACCUGCAGCCCUUAUGAGGCAUUCUGGUUAGUUUUUAAGUGAAAGUGUAAGAAGUGUCCUAGAGAGACAAGUUGUCACAGAAACAUGCCAGUUAGUCAACACACAGUUCAAAGUUGGAGGUAACUCUUUAUUAGCAAAACUACAAUCUUUACAGAUUUGGUUGAGUGCCUGGCCUAAUGAGCAGAGUAGCUCAUUGCCAGUGGUCUUACUCCAUAAAAAUCCAUUGCCAAGACAGAAAUUCCCCAUCUCCUUCUUUCCAAGCUUUCUCUAAGCAAUCAGAGACUGUGGCUUUGUGCAGCCAACAUCUCUGCUCUUUUCAUGCCUCUUCUGGUUCUGGGAGAAUGGGGGAAGGGGAGCUUUUUGCAGCAGGAGGGGGAGAGACUCGUGACUCUUCAUUAGCCUGACUCAUCUCUACCUUUUGGACUCCCUCCUCCCACUCUCCUGCUUCAGCUUCUGACUCUGAUUGUGGACUUCUCUCCGCCCCACACUCUCCCAGCUCACUAGGCCCUGUGACCUCUUCAGCUUCCAACACCUCCUCUUCUCCCUGUUGUCCUUCAGACCACUCACUGUUGUCCCACCACUCCUCAGGCUCUGAGUCCCUGGUGGUUCCCCAGCCAGUUCCUCCCACCAUUCCUCUUUGUCUAACCAAUCCAUGACUAGCUCAUGUCCCCUCCUUACAUUUCCCACCAUUUCCCAGACUUGGGAUGGCAGUUGGAUGGCAGAUGUGAAAAAAAGUGGCCCUCCUGUACUCAUGGAGGCUCCCUACGGUUUUUGGAACCCUAAUUUUCUAGGGCUUCUAGAACCCUGAUUUUUCCAGGGUUCCAAAAUGUGUUGGGAACCCAGCACAAAUACAGAAGGUUCCCCAUUGCAAACAGUUGCCCUUUGCAAGUUGGAGGGAAACUGGAACAGUGAUGUGGAAUGGAGAAAAGAUAGUGCAUUCAUUCCCACAGCUCUCCUUCACAUGUUUAAUGCCUGAAGGUGGCAUAUGUCAUUUUAUGAGAUGCACUAAGGUUAGAGAUGCUCUGCUGAUAUGUAACAUUUUUGGUUCUCACGAGGCAGGCUAGGAGUUUCCAAUACAGUAUCGCUUAUUUGUAGGAGGCUCUAAUUGUGGGCAUCAGCUUUCUCUGUGGGCUCAGCCACACUGAUAGCUGUUCCUGCCACUUCUGGUUUUCUUAGCUUUUUCUUCUUGCCAUCUGAGCUGACAGCAGAUGCUUCAUCAUGGCAGUCGUUGAGUAAGCCUGGCAUAAGCAGAGAGGCCCAAGCAGAGAGAGCUGCAGUGUUAAGGCCUUCUGGCCACAUGGCAGCAUUCCAACCUCACAGUUUACUAUUAUGUAGAAGGUUAUGGUUAUUUAAGCCUUGCCAUAAAACCCCUGUUAGAACAUCUACUGUAUGCCAUUUCACUUAUAAUUUGGUCAACUUAUAAAACAUCUCCAAGCCAAAGUCCCCCCCCCACUCUUUUUGCUUCUGACCGAACCCAACAUUUCCCAUCAGUAUGUAUUGAACGUAAGGCUUCUUCACAAUAUUGGGAAUGCCUGCCAUUUUCAUUUGAGGGCAUUUGACUGGCAUUUGGGGUGCCUUCAAAGUACUCAUGCUGCUGCUUCAACAAUGGUUGCACAGGUGCUAGCUUGCUGGUUGGCUGGGCACCCUCUUCGUCACCAGCAUCCUACGAUGCCUAACUUUCUGGCAUUUUAUGAACGAACUCUUUAACUGAUUAUGAGUGCAAAACAUGACGCAGUUACUGAGGCACAUUAUUUAAGCGUGCAUUUCAUACUGGAAUUUUUGCUGGACUUUGCCAUUGUGAAAGGAUGAAAUCUUAAGAUCACCAUGACCUAAAGACAUCUUAGGAAUUGUAACUAGGUUUUUAGAAAACAGCAAUGCCACCAUAUUAAUAGCAAGAGCUCUCCAGACACUCAGACCCUGCAUCCCAUUUGAUGCCCUGCAUUCAAUACACUUCCAUAAAUGGGUUAAGCAGGUAUACAUUGUUCAGAGGGCCAGUGUAUGUUGAUGAACCCAACCCCAUUCCCAGAGUUAUCCAAAGCCACGACAAUAUGGUUUGGAGACCUACCACCUCUAGUAGUAUGUGCAACUCCUUACAUCUCAACCACACACUAUGUGAUGCCCUGCACUCACCAUGGCGAUGCUCCUUAUCUCAUAGGGCAUGUCCUGACCAAUAUGCAUAAUGGAUAAGUAAGAGCCCUCCCAAUAGUUUGGGGUCAUGGGGUACAUUUGAAAACCUCAAAAAUUGGCAAUGUUCAGAAUGUCCCCCCAACCAGAGUUUGUUUACUUUUUAAAAAUUAAAAAACUGGGGGGGGGCAGGAACCCUUGGUGGACACCAAGGGGAUGUCUGAGAAUGCCAGGGACACCACGGGUGCCACAUUGGGGACCCCAGGGCGAGAUCAUGCACAGGUUACAGCUUUUCCAGGGGGUUGCCAACUUUUGCUGGAUAAUGAAGACAGAUGACAUUUUGCUCACAGUGACAUAUGCACUUGACAUUCACAGAGACAUUUACAUCUACUUUUGUUUCUAAUCACUUUGAUUUUGAAGACAGAAAUGGAAGAAGACAUGCCUGUUAUGAAUGCAGAAAAUCACGGCAACUCUGUAUAGUCUGGUUGAGCCUGAUUCAAAACCAAAGGAAAGGAAGACUGGUUUGUGUGAACCUUGUAUCGGCACAGCAUCUGCUAUUCUGUUAACGGGGGGUGGAUUUUAUUAUUUAUUUAUUUUUACAUUUUUAGCUUUCAAUGUGCAUACAGUGGUACCUCGGGUUACGGACGCUUCAGGUUACAGACGCUUCAGGUUACAGACUCCGCUAACCCAGAAAUAGUACCUCGGGUUAAGAACUUUGCUUCAGGAUGAGAACAGAAAUCGUGCAGCGGCAGCGUGGCAGCAACGGGAGGCCCCAUUGAUUAAAGUGGUACCUCAGAUUAAGAACAGUUUCAGGUUAAGAACAGACCUCCAGAACGAAUUAAGUUCUUAACCCGGGGUACCACUGUAUUAGACAAACACCGUCUCCCUCGGCCUGAAAGCGAGAUGAGCGCUGCAACGCCAUAGUCACCUUUGACUGGACUUAACUGUCCAGGGGUCCAAAACAAAACAAAAAACAAACAAAAAUUAGAUCCAGGUUUUUCAGAAAAAGUGUGGCUCUUUCGUUCAAGUACAUUACAAAUUUAUCUUCUGCACUGUUUUUGUUUAAUUUUUGGAGCUUGAAUCAAAUAUACUAAGAUCAACUGUCUAAUUCUAACACAAAUAAACAGUGUACAUUAUUUUUAACAGACAGCAGUCAGCUGAAGAUCUUGCAAGGGUGCCUGCAAAUUCUACCAGCAACAUCUUGAAUAGACUUCUGGUUACUUACGAUCCCAGGAUAAGACCAAAUUUCAAAGGUUGGUUAAUGUACAAUAACUUCAGUUUAGCUGUUGAAGCUACUUAAAAAUUUUGUGUGUGUGUGUGUGUGUACCAACAACCAAUUACAUUUUAUUCCCUUAAUCCUAUGGAAUGGACUGGUGAGAUUCCAGUCCACAAUAAACAGAGAGGUAACGGAGCCCUUUAAUCUGAGCCUGGCUUGUGAAGUUAAAAGAGAAAAUCAAUUAAUCACUUAGGCUACAAUCCUAUGCAUGCUUACUGAGAAUACUUCUGAGUAGAAGUUGGGGCAAUGGCCAGGAAGUGUCAGAUAAAGUGAUGGGCAAAAUGGAACCAGAAUAGAGACUCAAAACCAAAUUAAUUCCAUCAUUAAAAACUCCUGUGGGGGUUGUGCCUUAUUCAUCUCACCUGCCUCCGAAGGCUGCCCUUCUGUCCUUGAUUUGGAAGGAGGCCAGGCCCAGAUAUGUGACUCAGGCAGACAUGCAACAGGCAACCUUCUCCUUGGAAGGUGGUUCAUUUCUGCCCAUCUGCAUCAGGGGGAUUGUAGAGCAGAGGUGGUUAAGUAGAUGCAGUGAACCAGAUCCUUAUUUCUCCUCUUACCGAGCUGCAUUGUGACAUGCGGGUGGGGAUACCCACCUGUCAAUCACAUGAUGUCACAGUGACAUCAGGUGACCCAUUUUUAUUUUUUUUGGCUUCACUAUUUGAAAAAUGUUUUUAUUUCCCUAAUGCUGUUGUGAAAUUUGAAAUGUGCUACUUUACCAGGGAUCAUUGCUCUUGCAAUAUCUGGGGUUGUAUCCAACUAAGUUAUAUUUUGAGUUGGCCAAUUCAAAUUUAUAGGCCUAAGUUAGUGAUAUCCAUUAAUUUCAUUGGGUCUGUUCUGAGCAGCACUACAUUGCUCAACAGCUUUGGCAGCCCUAUUAAUAUAGCUAUCUUUUUUUUCUCUCCCAGUUCUUCAGCCUCCCUACCCACUGCAUGAGUCUUGAAACAGAACUAUCCCAAUUCUUUUUGUUAUAAAGGUUUUUUAAAUGUGGGGAAGAGAUUGUUUAUUUUUACUAUUGAAAACUAUGAGACUUAUUUUCUCUCUCUCUCUCUCUCUUUUAGGAAUUCCAGUUGAUGUAGCAGUCAACAUUUUCAUUAACAGUUUUGGAUCAAUACAAGAGACAACUAUGGUGAGGCUGCUGUUUCUUGGAUUUCUGCUUGUGGGUUUAUUAACAUAAUUUAUAGCCUACUUUCCAUGAAACCAAAAUAGAGCUGUGUAAACAUGCUUCUUGAUUUAGGCUUCGUAUGUUGCCAUUUUCUUGCCUGUCUGAUGCAUUCUAUAAUACGUUUCCAAUAGGAUUACAGAGUGAAUAUCUUCCUAAGACAGAAAUGGAAUGAUCCUCGACUUAAACUGCCCACUGACUGGAAGGGGUCUGACUCUUUAACUGUAGAUCCCACCAUGUUUAAAUGUCUGUGGAAGCCAGAUCUGUUCUUUGCAAAUGAAAAAAAUGCCAACUUCCAUGACGUCACACAAGAAAACAUUCUUCUCUUUAUAUUCCGUAAUGGAGACGUACUGGUCAGCAUGAGGUACUUUUUCUUUUCAACUGCAAAGUUUUAUUAUAGACUUUGAACAAAUGAAAGUCUCUGCUUGAUUAACUGAGGCACAGAUUUGGGAUUUUUAAAAAAAUUAAAUUAAAUUAAAUUAAGUACACAAUACUUUUGAGAAAUAAAGUGGAGCUACUAUAUGGUCAGUGAGCCUGAAUGCUUGCUUGAAAAUUGUGAGUUAGAAUGGCUGUUGAUCUGAAAUGGUAUGGCUAUCUGCAAUCUUUCUGAGGACAUGAACCACUGGAUUUGGGAAGUUAGAAGGGUGUUCACAUGUUACGUUCAACAAGUGUACAAUGAGUACCUGUGUGUGCAAAUAAUUGAGCUGUUUUAUAACGUUGAAUGAGUGUAGUCUGUAUACUUGCAUACACAAUAGCUGAACUGUAGGAAACAUCAAAUCCUUCAUACAAUGUAGAGACAGCUUAUACCUAUAUUCAGUGUAACAUAAGAAUAAGACAAGCACAGGGAUCAUUCUCUUCCACUGACAAUUUCUCCCAUUCACAACUCCACAUGGAUACUAUACAGAUAAAUCCACGAGCCUGAUCAUGUCUCUGUGCUGUAUGCUGUAAUGAAGCAUGUGUUUUCUACGUGCUGAAAAUGUUGCAGUGAAACUCCCCUAGAGUAGAAAAAUAAGUGCAUCUUUAUAUGAAUACAUUGCAUACUGAUCUGCUACAUUUGUGAACAUGAAAGCAAACAACAGCCACCACCUCCCCUUUUAACUUGAAGAUUGCUUUGAAUUGCUCACAAGCUUUCGGUUUAUAUUUCCAGAUUAUCCGUUACGCUUUCCUGCCCGUUGGACUUGGCCUUGUUUCCUAUGGAUACACAGCGUUGCAAGAUGCAGUUGGAGAGCUGUAUGUAAAUCAGAUUGUGCAUAAAAAUAGCUACCGCUUCCUGUUGUGCCUAUAUAAACUGAAGAAAGGAUACACAGUGCACAAGGCUGUUGAAUGUGGACUUGUACAGUGGUUUCAAAAAAUCAUGUUCAUUGGUCUCCGUCUUUUAUAAUUCAACCCCUAGUUGUGGUACUUUGAUCCUAUGCAUCAAAGUACCUGGGAGUAAGUCCCACUGAACUCAGUGGGAGUUAUGUCUGAGUACAUAUAAUUGUGCUCCAUAGGCCUGAUCUUAAAAUAAUUUGCUUGGAAGCCCAACUGGUUUUCACUGAAAUUUAUAUCUGUCAAAGGCUGUUAGGAUCAUGGUGUAGUUUUAGCAGGGAUGCUUAUCAACUUCAGGGAUUCUGUAUCACAAGAGACUGCAGAGGGUGGGUGGAACCAUGCCAAAGUAAUGUAUGUGAUAGGGAGGAAAGACCUGUGGACCUACCUCCCUGCUCCUUGCAUGGAUUGGGGUGGGCUGGGUAGCAAUGGGGUUGGAGCCAUGCGGUUGCAUGGGGAAAAGAUUCACAGGUGGGAUAUCAAAAGGGAGAAAGCCCAAUCCUCAGUAGGGAUAUAACUCAACUUUGAAGGAGGCACUUGCAGCAUAGUUUCAGAGGACAGUCUUAACCAAAUGAAAGAUUCUUCAAAGAAAAGGUGGUCCUUCAGAUAGACUGAGACCAGACCCAUAUAGGGCUUCUUGAGUCAAAUAAUGCAUGCUGAAUUGUGUCUGAAAACAAAUUGGAAAUCAGGGAAGAUGUUUCAGCAGCAGUGAGAUAUGACCAGCAUAAAGAAUACCCAUGAAAUAAUGAGGCUGCCAUGUUUCGAGUCAAAUAAUCUAGGGGACAGUAUGAUUGAGAAUUAUAGAGUUGGAAGGGACCACAAGGGACAUCUAGUCCAACCCCCUGCUAUGAAGGAAUAUAUUUUGGCUAUUGCAUUUGUUAUUUUUAUCUCUUAAUCCUUUUUUCCUAAACACCUAGUUGGUUACACUACCGAUGAUUUACGAUUUAUCUGGCAAUCUGGUGAUCCUGUUCAACUGGAGAAAAUUGCUUUGCCACAAUUUGACAUUAGGAAAGAAGAUAUUGAAUAUGGCAACUGCACCAAAUAUUACAAAGGAACUGGUAUGUAAUAGCAAACAUUGAUGAAUUUCAUGGCAUGAUCAGACUCUGUUCACCUAUAGCAGUGGUGUCCAAACUUUUCAAAGAGGGCCAGAUUUGAUGAAGUGAAGGACCAACCAAAGUUGUUGAGCUUGCACCCCAGGAAAUAAACUGCCAUAGGGGCCAGAUUAAUGUUUGGAUUAAUGUUUAGAUGAUCAUUGACAUGUUAACCACAAAGUGAUGAGGACAAAUGCUCUCUCUAAAAUAAGAUAUCAGAAUGGAGGGGAAGUCAUGUUAUGUUUUGCAGCAGUUUAUGCAGUCCCAAUAUCUGUCUUAUCAUUCAAAAUAUCUUGAUAUUUCUAAUGGGCUAUCCAGGUAGAACAGCAGCAGCCAAUGUCGUACCCUUUAGAUGUUGCUGGUCUACAGUUCCUGUCACCCUUGACUAUUUGCUGUGUUGGCUGGGGCAGAUGGGAGUUGGAAUCCAACAACAUCUUGAGAGCACCACAUUGUCUACCCUGAUGCAGGAUAUAGAUAGCACUCAACCCUAUGAAUGGUAUACUUAUUUGUGAUAUAGAACAUGUUUGAGAAAAUGCACCUAUAUUUCUGAAUGGUGCCAGAAACCGUAAACAGAAAUAUAAUAUGUCAGUUACUCUGGAUGUGAGUGAAGCAGUUAAUGAUUCACCACUUCCAGAGCCCAACCAUUUUCCAUUUUCUCCCCCAGCAUUCUUCCUCCCCCUUUCUCAUUGAAACCGAAGGUGGGCAAAUUACUCAGGCGAUCUUCAGGCUGGUGCAAGUAAGGGGCCCAAUCCUGGGGAAACAGAGGGACUUUGGCUGUAGCAGAUCCAAGACGGCUUCUACCACACAUACGAAACCUGACACCACCACCAACUGGUGGAAUCAGCUCUAUGCCAGUAGAACUUUUUGCAGGUUUGAGGUUGGAGAACCUCCCCAGAGGACAUGACCCUUCCUGCCAGCAGCCCUUUUUUCCACCAGUGGAGAGGCACCUCUGCUCAGUCCUAGCCUCCUCCAGUCAGCAGAUCUGGGGUUGGGAUUGCUCUGUUCCUUGUUACACUGAAGAAAAUUAACCACAUAGGCAAGAACUCCAAGGAGAGGGGGACUGAGAUACUUAAUUCACUGGGUCUGUCAGAAGAAUAGGUUUUUCACUGGCUGUCCUAAAACAUGGAGCUAGAGCCUAAGUAGCAACAGACCUGUAACAUUUGCUUGAGGGGUUUGCCUGAUCUGAAAUUCAGCAAGUGCACUAAAAUAGGGUUUGUUCAAGUGAUGCAUUCCAAGUAGAGCUCUUGGUGAUGCAGCCAGAUAAUUUUAGACCUUGGGCUUAAUAGCCUGGACUAUAUUAAAUGGUCUGAUUUGGGAUUGGCCCCAUAUAGAAGAGUCAGAAUGGAUAUUUUAUGAUGCAAAAAAAAAAAAUUCUACUCUGGUGGUAACAUAUACUUUGUGAUGGAAUUAAUGGUCUCCAUUAUCCUAUUUUGGAGAGGUCAGAAAGGGAGUAAAUUCCAACAAAGUCAGUCAGGUUAGAUGUCUGAAAUUACAUGCAUGAUGUACCAACAGUUAAAACUUGUUUCAUCCAUGUACCUUAAUUGUUGGUUCCUGGAAGCAAUUUUGGUAGGGCUUUCAUCUGUCAAGUGACCCAGCAGUUGCUCAUGGGAUGGGUAGUGUUGGAAAUGCCAUGACUUUUGUAAGCUGUCUAGGUAUCCUUUGUACUUAAUGACAUGUAUUUUCGGAUACUGGCUCUUCUACUCUAAUACUUCUGAUGGCUUGAUGUUCAACCAAAUACUAGGUCUGUUAAGUGGUUAACAAGUCAAGCUUAUUGCGUGAACAGGGGAACAGAUUAGUACUCACUAUGAAGUUGUGCCACACUUUUUAACAACAACAAAAAGAGGUGCUGAUAUUGCGUACCAUAGAGUACCCCCUGAAAAAUUUCACCACUGAUGCUACUGCAUUAAACCUUAGUUCCUGAAACCUGAUCUGUGAUUAUGCAGAUUGCUGCUAGGUAGCUGCAGAUAUUUCUUGCUAACUAUGAUUGUAUUAGCUGGCCUUGAUAAGUACUAGAUGAUUAGCUUAGUGAGUCAUACUAGUUGACACUAUAAUCAGCAUGGGGGCAUUAUGAUGAGGUAUGUAAGAGGGGGAAAUAAUCAGACCCUCAUCAAAGUGAUCAGUGGAGGGGGUGGAUUGCUGACUCAUUUGCAUUAGAGCUUUAUUUUUGCCUGACAUCAGUCCAUUAAUUAAUUAAUUUCAUAGAUUCAAAAUCAGUUAAUGGCUUCAUUACAAAUGCUAGAUUUUUGUGUGUGGGUCUAACUGUAGUAGCAAGAUGAAGAAAUUCAUAGUCUGCCGCCAUUUUAUGGGGCAGUAUCUCAUCAUAUCCUGAAGAUUGUAGGAGAACAUAAUACAAUUACAAGGUAAUUGCAUUCAGAAACAAAUGGCAUCAUAUAUUUUAUUCAGUUAUAUCACUGUUUCUUCCCUAUUUCAUUUCAUUUCUCUCUUAAGCAGUGAUUGCCAAAGUCCAGCUACCAGACUAACUCUCGUUGUUGCCCCAGGCUGGUUUUUACAGCUGCAUAUUCUUUGACUGGAUUUUGAAUCAGAUUGUAAUUCUGCAAAACUGAGAUGCAAUGUGUGUAUUGGCAGCUACAGCAUGGGGAUUAAUUGUUCUCCCAGUUAUGAGCUUACUUUUAGAAGAAUUGGAAUCCUGAUAGCACUUAACUCUACUAAACGUAUGCUAAAGAGCAAUCCAGCAAGUUUCUAUGCCAGGCAGGGAGGAGAGUUGGAUUGAGUUGUUGCAGUCACUUUGCUUGGCUCUGCUGCUACAAGGGCAGGGCUGAGACAAAGGGAUUCUGAGCCAGUCUUGUAGCCAUCACCUGCUGUGGCCUCAUUCAAACCCAAUUGUUGCACCAGCCAAGACUUGGUGCUGGGAUUGGCCCUGAUUGCCCUGGCCCUCCUCCAACUUCUGUAACCACUGUGGUGUCACUGCUUCAUAAACCCCACCCCCAACAGGGGAUAGGAGUUAGGAUUGCACUCUUAGUGUGUUGGAGCAAACAUGGAUAGAAACAGCACAAGCAGGAGGAAGUUUCAAGAUAUCUCUUGUGUCCAGUUUUGACUGUUGAAUUAUUAUUAUAAUGAAACUGCCAGCUGGCCUCCCUUAAUGUGAAAUUUACAUUGUUCAUCUCGGUGACUAGGAAUGUUAUGCUUUCUAUUGAAAUAUAAUAUAAGGGCUUUUAGUCAGAGCAGGAGUGAAUUUCUGACCUAACACAAACAGCUGAACACAUAAAAGUCAUAUAUAGUAUGGAAAAUGAAAUAAGAAUUUGACAAUCUGUGGAAUCCGUUUAUAAAUGGCAUAGAAAGCAUUCCACUAGCUUAAGAUCAUAAAAGAGGAGAGGAUCAAAUAACCAGUACAUGUUCAAUAUGUUAAUUAGACAAUUUUGCUCUUCGUGUUUUAUUUAGUUGUAUUUUGCCCUGGACUUUUUAAAUGAUUAUUCCCAAAACCAUUAGCAGCGAACUUUAUGUUUUAUUAUGAAUGUUCGUACUUAGGUUUGUUGUGUAAAGAGGUUGGCUAGAGAGUGGUCAGUCCUGUGUCUGAAGCUCUGCACUCAUGUGUCACUCAAAAUCAUCGAGAAAAUUCAUCCAAACAUUAUUUUUUUAUUUUACAAGAAGAGAUUUGUACUGUCACACAAUGAAAUUUCAUUACAUAGAUUUUAUUUCCCACAAAAAACUAGGAAAUGGAAUACUGCCAUAUUGGCUAUGGCGUAAUAUCUGUCUAUGUUUUAUAUACAAGAAGAUGUAAUCCUCUUAUGGAAACAGACCUGCCCUUUUUGUCACUAUAGGCAGAGGAGGAUACUGUAGGUAUAUGUGCACAUAUGUGAGUGUGAGAAACCUCUUACAUUCACCAAACCUUAGUCUUGCUUUUAUUUUUCUCCUUUCAACUGACACAGUGCUGCUGAAAGCAGAUACUCUCCUUGUUCAAUCUCCCCCCACCCAAAGUAUUUAAACCUAAUUUAGGGCAAGUUCAAAGUUCAGGACAGCUUCCUUUGAAAUCAUAUGAAGAACCCACAAAAUGUGCAGCAGGGAGCUGGGUGAUUUUAAAGCAUCCGUAUCUGAGACCAGGGGCUUCUAGAAACAUGAAUACCUAAACAUGUCUAUUCUUUCUCCAAAGGUUAUUACACCUGUGUAGAAGUGAUCUUCACUUUAAGAAGACAAGUUGGCUUUUACAUGAUGGGCGUUUAUGCUCCCACGCUGCUCAUUGUCGUCCUGUCAUGGCUCUCGUUUUGGAUCAAUCCUGAUGCAAGCGCUGCAAGAGUGCCUCUGGGUAACCUGAGUUUCACCUGAAGUCAGAACCACCCAGUGUCGCCCAGUGUCUGUUCUGUGGUUGCUUCAGUAGCAGAUUUCAUUGGAUUACUGAAGGCAACUCAACUCUCAUGGCAUGCUCUUCACUCUCAUCCCAAUCUUCUCUUUUUCAGUCCCAUACAUGUCUCCACUUUUUAAAAGACAAGAUCUGUAGCCUAUAAACAGGUUGCUCCUGUCUCUGCUCACUAAAUCACCACUGUGGCGUGUAUGAGUGCAACUGUGAGUAGAACUUCAGAAGCAUUAUCAGCUUUGGGGUGCAGGGGUAGAAUAACAGAUCCUGGAUCUUUGAACCUUAGCCAGGGGGAGUAUAUGGGGCUUCACCAACAUUUGUUGAACAUAUGGGGGUGGGAUGAUGAAAUGCUAUGAUACCCAAUUCCAUCUGUAGAUUUCGGCUGAGAGUGAGUCUCACUCUCAAGUGAGCAUUUCAGCAACAGCCCAGAGAACUUGGAUUCCUAUUUUUGUUUCAUCACCAAUAGGUUUGAGGGCAACCCCCCCCCCCCCAGCAAACCACCUUAGCACUAGCCUGGCUUUAAUGUAAGUUGGUUUCUCGAUGGGCCCUAGUGAAUUCUAGUAUGCACCCACAGUGCCCCUCUAGCUUACCUAAUGGUGGAAAGUGAGUAAUGGUGGCUCUAAGCAGCUGUCAGAUGAUGGACCACAAGAGCCAAGUACCAAAAUAGCCAUGAGGUAGACAGCAACAGUGGCGCUUUAAGCAUCCUAGCAGCUGCCAUGUUCAUUUCCUAAAAUGACCUUGAUGUUCAAUUGUUUCAAGAGUGAUGCUACAUCCAGGGCAUUGGAGGAGUUGGAAAUAGUCUGCACCCAGCAGUCCUUUGAACACCAGUUCCCAGACUACCCUAUCCCCAAAAAAGUAAGCUUAAGCUGCCCUGAGCAUGCAUCUGUGUUGGUGGGCCCUGAGGCCCUAGCAGUUUUCCAAAGAUACCAUGUGAUGCUGUUGCCCCCUUCAAGGAAACUUGAAGAUGGUAGUACUGAUGGUAUCACACAACUAAGUUUCAGACUUAACUAUGAACCUUGCAAAUAGAAAAGUGAGACAGGACAAGCUGUCACCAGCCAAAGGGAAAAGGCUGCACAGGUACACUGAAAGGGCCCCCCACAUUUAUUCAGUUUGUGGGGUGGUCCUAAGUCACUUUAGCAGGGGGAAGAUGGUGUGUCACUGUCUUUAGUUCUUUCUGCAUGAGAACUAGGACAGGACAGGCUCCUCUAAAUCAAAAGUUGUUGUUUAGUCAUGUCCGACUCUUUGUGACCCCAUGGACCAGAGCACGCCAGGCACUCCUAUCUUCCACUGCCUCAUGCGGUAGGGAAUCCUUUUAGACCACAUGCCAGAGGCAAAAGAGGAUGAAGCAUUCCAGGCAAGCAAAAACUCCUAAUUGUGGCAGAAAGGAGGGCUGGCAAGGGGUGUGGCCAAGGGGGGGGAGAGAGUUGCAAGCGCUAGAUAGAGAGGUCUGGUGGGGCAUAUUUUCCCACCUGGUCUGUGGUCUCUCACCCAGCCUAUGGUCUACACAACCUGUUGUCCUCCUGUUGGCUAGCCCCCAGGGCCUUCAAAUUCCAGCAUGUUCAGAAGCCCUUCUCUGACAUUUUCUGAAGCCAUAAUACUGUUGGUUUCAGAGCAAAGUGGCUACUUGAUAGAAAUCUUUCUUCCACCCCCUUCAGCCAGAUUACACAUUUCCUUUGAAAUAGAGUAAGAUCUUAUUCUUUUCCAUCUCUCUGAGGCUGAACUUUUCACCCUCAGAUUCAAGGCAAAUGGAAAGUAGCAGCAGGCCACAGUGACCUCCACUGCCCUGUUGAACAAAGCAAUGAAAGGACAAGCUGAACUCUUAUUCUAAAAUCUGAAAUCCAUUGACUGAGGUUAGUUUUCAAACUUUAAAUAGCUGUGAAGUACAAGGUAUUUGAAGGACUAUAGAAUGUAGCUCUGCAAAGAUGAAUAUCCUUGGCUCUUUGCUGUCAAAGGUGGGCAGUUGUUAAAUUCAACACACAUUUUUCAAAGUAGCAACAUAACAACAGGAUGGACGCUUCAGACUGUUUUGAGAUGUAUAAAAUUAGUACCCAUAUAGACAACCACUUUGAUUGCUACAUUCCCUGCAGGGAAACUCGGGAGCAGUCAAGGCGCUCGGUUUCAAUAUUACUCCAUCAUUUUGUGACAUCUAAAACACCAUUUGAUUGGUGGUAAGAACUAGCGCUGAUAAGGGGGAAAGACAUAGUUGUGUCAUGAUAAAUAGUGCAGUUAGCAACAAUAAAAACCGUUUGUAGCCAUCAUUGCUUAUAUAUGUGUUCAGAAUUAUUAUGUGAUCAGUGCAUGCACCGGAAUCCAUAAUUCACCUUGUACAUUCAUUUUCAUCUCCUGCAAAGCAUCAGCAAGUCCUGUUCCUUUUUAGGAAAUGUCAUCCUUUAGGAACCGGCAGCAUAAACAUGGGAAGAGGCAGCAAAGAGGGAAAGGGCUAGCAGCGCAGGAAAGCUUCUAUGACAUUCUUGGAUCUUUCCCACUCCACUUUAGGUAUCUUUUCAGUGCUCAGCUUGGCCUCAGAAUGUACCACGCUUGCUGCCGAACUCCCCAAAGUGUCCUAUGUGAAGGCCUUAGACGUGUGGCUGAUUGCCUGCCUUCUCUUUGGGUUUGCUUCGCUGGUUGAGUACGCCGUGGUUCAGGUUAUGCUGAACAACCCAAAGCGAAUCGAAGUUGAAAAAGCCAAAAUGGCCAAAGCAGAGCAAGCAGAAGGGAAAGGCGGAAAUGCUGCUAAGAAGAAUACUGUGAAUGGCACAGGCACCCCUGUGCACAUCAGCACUUUACAGGUAAGUGCCCUUAUUGUGUCUUUACUUUUGCUAGCUUGCUCAAUUUUCGGUUGUUUGUUUUUUUAAGCAUAGGGGGCAAUGCUGUGUAGAUGCUCAAUUGGAGGGUUUUUGCCUAAGUAGUUCAUUGUAUUUGAUUGUGAUGCUGCGGGGAAGCAUUUUUGGAAGUUUAAGAUGCUUGCUGAAAGAGCUUCUGAAGUAGGCACACAAAGAAGGGUAAAAAAAAAAUCAGACUUCUUGGCCCUGCCUUUAGCCAGAGGGAGUUAUCUGCCUCAGGGAGCUGAUUUGGGGUGUCAUGGCAGCAAAUGGUUAGGUAUCCGAUUUAUUGUUUUAUUUUUACUGCGAGGGAGGGGAAAGGCACUUGUGGGAUUUUCUUGACUAGCCUUAGGGUAAUAUGUGCCAUGGCUUGUGGGGAGAGGCACCAUUUGCUCCUCCAAAAUGUCAUGGGAGGGCCCUGAGAACAAGAGAUGUGCAACCGUGGUCCUUUGCAUCAAAUCCUAAGGGGGUGCCAUUCAGAGCAGCCCUUUUUUCUUAGAGGCCGCACGACAUUGCCGUGGCAGUAUAAUGUAGUAUUAGGUAUUCUCGAAGGACCACCACCACACCUUGUACUAGGAAGAUGCUUUAGCCAUAAGUGGGAUUAGUCUUUUAGCUCUUUAAACGAAUCAAGUCUUUGACCCCAGGAAAUUUUCUAUUCCUGUCCAUCAUAAGACAAAAUGUCAUGCCUCGUGUUAAAUGCUGUGAUCCUGAUCCAUGGACAUAAUUGAUUAACCUUUUUUUUAAAAAAAGAAAUUGCAGUUCCUUGGGAAUGAGGAGGGUAACGGCAGCUGCACUUGCCUUAAUAAUAAUAAUAAUAAUAAUAAUAAUAAUAAUACAUUUUUUAUUUAUACCCCACCCUUCCCGGUUCAAAAACCGGGCUCAGGGCGGCUAACAACAAAUUUAAAACACUUAAUUAUAAGAGCAGCAUAAAAUACAGUAUAAAAACCAUGAAUAAAAAUCAAAAAUCAAUUAGAUAAUCCCCAAGGCUAGCUGGUCCUACUUGGACAGCGAGGAGGCCAGGGGAGAAUUAGCUGUGGGGUCUCAGAGUGGGUGAUCUUCAUAAAAGGGGAGGGGGAGGGAAGAGAAGGGAAAUAAAAGAUCAGGCUGAAUUGCUGCAGUCUCAUAACAGAGGAAGCAAAUGAGAGCAUCCUUUCUCACCAUGGAGCACAGAAAUGUUCUCUCUCACACCCUCCAGCUUUACUCUUUCCCAUCCCAACCCUUACCUUUGGUGUGUGAGACACACACGCAGGGUGCGCCAGGUUAGAGAGAGCCAAAAAUGUGUGACAGUGUCAGGACAGUGUGUGAGAGAGGUCUGUGUGCCUGUAUUAAGUGUGGCUAGUUGUAUAUGUGUGUGUGUGAGAGAGAGAGAGAGAGAUUGUGUUUGUGUGCUCCUGCCUCCGUCCCUCCAGAUUAAAUGGAGCUCCAGGGCCAGUGAUGGAGCUGCAUAACAGAAUGCAUUUAUUGUCUCAUCAAUUAUCUCAGAAGGUAUUUUCAUGGCUACAGUUGAGCAUCAGAAUGAUUGCGCAAAACUAGAUCAGCUAUGCAGAAGAUGCAUAGAUGCAUUGCUAUUGCUUAAUUCCAGCUGACAGUCAUGGGGAAAUGUACAGCUUAGCUUCCCCUCUGAACAGUAGGAAAACACAGCAGAGUUUGUUCCCUGGUGCCAGAACCUGCCUACCAAGAAACAAAUUACCAUCUUGCACCCUCUAGUGACUCUUUGCGGCAUCAUCAUCAUUUAGAACAAAUCCCUUUUGCACAUACAUAGUAGGCUAUGUUUCUUAGUGAAGCGGGUGUGUGUGUGUGUGAGCGCUUAAUAGUUCAGUUCAAUUUGAGUAUUCACACAUACCGUUCUCCUGUGCCGAUCAGUGAAAGGAGUCCCUUAGUUAAAAUUGUAUGAAAUUAUUGUGGUCUCUUCCAGUUUUUUUAAAAAAAUAAUAUUUUAUCAAUAACGUUUCAUUUAUAAGAAGAUAGAAUGAGAAAAAAGAAAGCAAGUAAAAGGGAAUGAGAUUGAAAAAAGAAACAAUACUGUUACCUUAAAGGUAAAGGUAAAGGGACCCCUGACCAUUAGGUCCAGUCAUGGCCGACUCUGGAGUUGCGGCGCUCAUCUCGCUUUAUUGGCCAAGGGAGCUGGCAUACAUGUGGCCAGCAUGACUAAGCCACUUCUGGCGAACCAGAGCAGCACACGGAAAUGCUGUUUACCUUCCCACCGGAGCGGUACCUAUUUAUCUACUUGCACUUUGAUGUGCUUUCAAACUGCUAGGUUGGCAGGAGCUGGGACCAAGCAGCGGGAGCUCACCCAGUGGGGGGGAUUUGAACCACAACCUUUUGAUUGGCCAGUCCUAGGCUCUGUGGUUUAACCCACAGUGCCACCCGCAUCCCUACUGUUACCUUACCAUACAUUAAUAUACAGAAAUGCAUAUUCUCAUUAUCCUAAUAUACAUAUACUUUUCAAUAACCUAAUAUAUUCUGUGUAAACCCAUUCAAAAUAUCAUUGUACUUAUCCAAGAAAGUCUAUGUCUAUAAGCUGUCCAUUCAUAUGUUGCCACUGUGGUCUCUUCCAGUUGAUCCCACAGCUCUAACAUUAUCCUUUUUCGGUUUGUGCUUUUGAACAUACGUAUGACAGUGCUAGCUCUGUCAGAGUUGUGGGUUCAAGUCCCAUGUUGGGUGAACGAUUCCUGCAUUGCAGGGAGUUGGACUAGAUGAUCCUCACGGUCCCUUCCAGUUCUAUGAAUUACCUGAUUCUAUUGUUGUUUCAAAGAAGGUCCCUUUUUACACUUCCUUUAAAGGCAUACAUUCAUUUUUCUCUCACUAUUUCUGAAGGUAACGUAAAAAAUUAAUAUGAGAGGGUGUGGGUUUUUUAAGGGUCAAAUAUUUCAGUCUUUCCUUGUAGGGAAGUUGAUUCUUGCUUUGGGUUGCCCAGUCCCUCAAGUUUUGAAAUAUCACAUUUUCAUCCUGCCCGUUUAAAGAUACUGCACCCCCAUCCAAUAUGCAUUGGCUUAAAAUAAUGACUUUGGCAUCAUGCAUGUGAUGAAUAUAUUUCUGAAGGUGAUGAAAAUGUAGGCAAUCACUCCUGAAAGAGAAAUAUGUAUAUUGCUUGUGUAUCUUUUAUAACCUCUAACGAGAAAUCUCCUGUCCCUUGCUUCUGAUACAAAUCAGCACAGUCACAAUUUUGGCUAGCAUUGUCCAUUCAUAUGUCCCUUCAUAGUAUUAUCCAAUCACAAAAAAAUUGCCCAUGUUUUCUUUCUUUCUUCACUUGUGCAGUUUGUCAUCAUGAAUAUUUUCUGAAAUUCCUCACAAUGCAUUUAUUUUUUAAAAAGGACACCCCCACCCAACUUCUGUUCAGAUGGAUAAACAUAAUUUGCCUUUGAGCAGAUUGUUUAGGACUUUAUUAGCAUAGAUUUUAAAUAAAUUACCAUUAUGGUCCCAGAACUCUGACUCUUUGAUAAUGACAAAAUGUGUUCAGCAUGAAAACUUUGAUGGAUGGAAUCUGAAUUGAGCCAGGCAGAUUUUUAUUUGCGUUUUUAAGGCAUAUAGAUAUAUAUUCCAGCUGUCUUCAUAUUUAUGCCAGAGUGGUUUAAAAAUCCAAUUGCAGAUUAAGCAAGAUAUACAGUAAAACAAUUAAAAUCAAUACACAAAUAACACAAUUGGAACAGCAGCAUGAAAAUCUGGCAGUUUGGUAUAUCUUACUUGCAUGUAAUUAACAGAGCAAAGAAACAACUGCAGAGUCCAGUCGAUGUAGGCCCCCAGCUAAAAUUACAGUGCAGUCCUAACCACAUCUACUCAGAAGAAUUCAGUGGGCUUUACUCCCAGGUAAGAGGGGUUAGGACUGCAGCCUUAGUCAUGAGUCUCAAGUUGCAGCCCAACCCAUAUAGAAUAGGUUAGCUAACGUGGUUAUGUGCUUGCUAGAGUAAUUCAUGGCUUCCGAAAUGCUGUUUGUUUGUUUUCCUAGGUUGGGGAGACCCGAUGCAAAAAAGUUUGUACUUCGAAAUCUGACCUGAGAUCCAACGAUUUCAGUAUUGUUGGAAGCUUGCCAAGGGAUUUUGAACUGUCAAACUAUGACUGUUACGGAAAGCCCAUCGAAGUGAACAGUGGGCUUGGGAAGUCUCAGGCAAAGAACAACAAGAAGCCCCCUCCCCCCAAGCCUGUCAUCCCGUCAGCCGCCAAGCGGAUCGAUCUGUAUGCAAGGGCGCUGUUUCCAUUUUGCUUCCUUUUCUUCAACGUCAUAUAUUGGUCCGUAUAUUUAUGA